GAAAAACCUGCUUUUAUCGUCUAUAAAUAGUGGAAUCAAAUGUCGCAGUUUAGGCUUUGCUUGUCUGGUAUGAUGUCAUAGGUCCCCUUGUUUGUUAUUAGUCAACCCUCCUACCCAAAACAUGACACACUUUCCUCCUCGGCAUAAUAAAUAGGUUGUCUUUAUUCAAGACAGCCUGUAAGGACAAAUCGUUGAACAAUAAAACAUCAAGAGUGAAAUGAGGAUAUGUGUUCAACGUGAUUGGAAUAAGACGCCACCUGUGCUCCAAUCAAAUCUGGAGGAACAGGUUUGGGUAGAAGAACAAGAAACGCAUUUCCCUGUGUGGUGUUUGCCACUUGUGCUUGGUCAAGUGAAGAAACUGCAACAUGAAUCGGCCUCAGACUAUUGAGCUCAGUAAGACGGGAGGAGCCUCCAAACAGGACACCAGCAACAUGGAUGAUAUGACUGUGGAACAGAUGGCGAUUAGGGCCAACCAAGUGACUGAUGAGUCACUUGAAAGCACACGGAGGAUGCUACAGAUGGCAGAAGAGAGCAAACAAACAGGCGUCAACACAAUGGUGAUGUUGGACCAACAAGGAGAACAGCUGAGCCGUGUGGAGCGAGGCAUGGAUCAGAUCAACCAGGACAUGAGACAGGCUGAGAAAAACCUUACCGACCUCUCCAAGUGCUGUGGCAUCUGUGUCUGCCCCUGUGAUAGAGUGUCAUCAAUCGAGAAUGACUCACGAUAUAAGCGUACCUGGGGUACUGGAGGAACUGAAGGUGAAAAUGAUGCAGAUGGCUCAAAAGUGGUCUCAACACAGCCUUCAGGCGUCCGCAAUGGCCAGGCUGCCCAGGUUAAUGCUGCGGGACCAUCAGGCCCAUACAUCCAGAGAAUAACCAAUGAUGCACGUGAAGAUGAAAUGGAGGAGAAUUUGGAUGCGGUCGGCAGCAUCCUUGGCAACUUGAAAAACCUGGCUGUGGACAUGGGAAGUGAGAUAGACAAGCAGAACAAACAGAUUGACCGCAUCAAUGACAAGGCGGACAUGAACAAGCUGCGCAUUGAUGAAGCAAACCAGAGAGCCAACAAGCUCAUCAAAUAGACGAGAAAUCCCGCUUCUGCUAGUUUUAUCAACCUUGAGCCUCUCUCGCCACACACACAGACACACACACACACACACACAGACACACACACACUCACACACUGUAUAUUUGUGCGCAUCUGCAAACAUACUUUGCAAGUAAAAAGAAAUUCUCUCAUGAAGAAGUUUUGCCAGUAGUGUGCCUGCCUUUAUCGCACUAAGUUGUAAGUAGAGUGAAGACAACUUCUUAGACUGUCCACCACUAUUCACACCCUUUUACACACACGCCUAGUCAUGCUGGACUGUGAGAAACAGUGUGAGAUACUUCAGUAAGUGGCUGACUGCCUAUCACUGCUGUUUGAUACCAAACUACAUACAUGUAACCUUCACAGGGAGGGAAGUGGCACGUUUGCUGCUUUCCAUUUUGUUUUGUUUUUUUUGUUUGUUUGUUUGUUUUCUUUCUCAUCUAAGUCAAGAAUAAUGAGCUGUUUUGUCGAUGUAUGACCAUUAACUCAUCAAAACUGAUAAGCUGUUGUCUCCAUACAGCCUCAUGUAGUUUAAAAGGAAACAUCAACUCUGGUCUGAAAUGCAUCUUACUCAAAUCCUUAUAGGUUCAUUGUGUAAUUAGGUUGAUUGUAUCAUGUGUAAUGCUUUGAUAUUAUUUGCUUAUUUAAUUACUCAUGAAGCAGAAAUGACUUGCGAAUAAAGUUCUCUUUAACACUUUGUUCCCAUGUCAUUUAUGCCUGUUCAUAUAAAAGGGCUAUUUAAAAAAUAAAAAUCUAAUGUUGUACCUGAAUGAAAGAAUUUUGAUGUUAUUACUACUUAAAAUUUCUGACAGAUGGGGAGUUAAGGUCAUUGUAAUUACUUGCUACAAAUAGAUGACCUGUGGUUAGAAACAUUGUAUAGCAAUCACUCGUCCUUCUUAUGAGAAGGAAGGUCUGCAAGGAUCAUGAGGUAUGUUUAUCAUUACCUGCCCUGAAGCGUUUAGUUUACUUCACAAUAACACUGAACUUGGGAAAUGUAACAGUGGGUGAACAGCAGUAGGUGAACUACUCUCUUCCAUGUUCACUGUUUCUUCACUUUGAUCACAGUGUUGAUGUAAAUACUGUUUAAUUGCCUCUAGUCAUCAGGUUUAUCUGAUUUCUUAACUUUGUUUCCUCUUAAUGGUUAAUGGAGAUUAGUAGCUUACAAGAGGAGACGUAACGUGUGCAGGGUUUCUACACGUGUCCAAUGUGUAGAAAAUUCCUCUCAAAUUUGAUAAUUGCGCAACUGUUCAGUUCUGAACCACAGAUGAGCAUUGUUUAACCUGAUGUGAGGUCUCUUUAUGUACUGGGUUCAGGCCAGUUGGUUACUAAAAACUUGGCAUUUUAAAAACAAUAGCUUAGAGAAAUGAGUCCAGAAAACAUUCUGAUUUUUAAAACGUGGGGAAAUCUGUAGGAACCCAAUCAAUCUUAUACACGAUGUACGGUUGUGUUGUAACAGCCACUGCAUCGUAAAAGGCUCCUCUUACAUGUGUAAAUAGUCUUUACAGCACAGCUAUGGUAUAAUAUCAUCUGACGAUGGAAAGGAGAAUUUAAAUUUGUUUUGUCGAAGCUGUACCCAGGCUGAGAAAUCGUCGCUGGCAGCAAAAAUGCAAAAAGUAUACAUGUAAGUGAAAGUUGUUAAAGGGGUAAACAAAGAGGCACAAUAAGUCCUGGUGGGUUGUAUUAAGGCUCGCUGAAGAAAAUUGGCCAUUGAUAAAGGGAUACAGUGUGCCAAAGUAUCUCUCGUAUGAAUCUUCUUGCUUAUUUGUUUUGAAGAAAAAUUAUAAUUUGUAUGCUGUGCUGCAGGCAUAUACCUACUCGGUUUGUAAGGAUUGAAAUGAACUGUUUUCAGGGCUUUGUAUUGCUAUAAGUGAUCAUCCUCAGCCUGUUACGUAUGAGCUCGGAUCUAAUUAGUCUAUUCUAAAGCUGCCUUGCUGUCUUGAAGCUGUUUAUUCAUUGUUUCACCCACAGCCACUGGAAUGUAAAUACAACCGUUUUGUGUAUUUUAAAUAUGUUCAUAUGGAGCUCAUCUUAUCUGAAAUUAGCUCGGUGACUGGAUGACUGCUUAAAGUGAAAAUGCCUUCUGUUUCAUGCUUGCCACUGUUGAAUUGUUUAUACUCAAUAAAUCUAUUCUGAAAUUCAAUUGA